AUGUAGCAGUAAUUAGAAUAAAGUGUAAGGAGAUUGGGAGAUUAUUAAUUUGACACCAAAUAUCUAUUGGGAGAAGGGGCUUUUGGUAAAGUUUAUAGAGGAAGUAAGCUGACUACAAACUAGGAAGUAGCUAUAAAAAAAAUAGAUAGUUCAAUGAUCAAUAAGGAUCAAUAUCUAAUUGAUGCAUUAAACUUCGAGAUCCAAAUAAUGAAGUAACUUGAUCAUCCUAAUAUUGUGAAGUUUAUAGACAAAUUUAAUACGGAUCGGUCAAUCUAUAUAGUAACAGAGUAUUGUGCAGAUGGCGAUCUCAGAAAUAUAAUGAAGGGAAGACGUAUACCAGAAUCUGAAGUUAAUUAGAUUUUCUGUUAAUUGGCAAGUGGUUUUAAAGAGUUAGUAAAAGCAAAUAUCAUACAUCGAGACUUGAAGCCUGCAAAUAUAAUGAAUCAUAGAGGUGUGGUAAAGAUAGCAGAUUUUGGAUUUGCCAAGAUAGUGGACAACUUUAGUGGAGACUUGUUGAGAACCUGUGUAGGCUCACCCUUAUACAUGGCUCCUCAAAUAUUGAAGAGAGAAAAAUAUACGACGAAAUCUGACAUUUGGUCUUUGGGAGUAAUCUAUUACGAGAUGAUUUAUGGGAUGGCUCCGUGGACAGGUGUAGAUGAGAAAAGCUUAACUAUGAAUGUGAUGAAGCAGCCCUUAAGAUUUCCAGCUAGCACUCAGUUAUCAGAUUUUGGAAAGGGUUUUUUGAGCAGAGCUUUGGAGAAAGAAGAGAGCAAGCGAAUGGAAUGGGCAGAAUUGUUUGCCAUGUUUGAAUCAGAAUAGAAUUUAGGAGCUAUUCAAUUUAAUGCAAAUAUGAAUGGUAGUUACAUAUUGGAUUAACCUUAACCUUAAUCUUAACCUUUAGUCUAACCUCAACCUUUGUCUCAAUAAAUUCAAUAGAGCGAUGCUUCUUCCUAGAAAUUUCUGUGUCAAUUGAAUAACUAUAAUUUAUAAAGGAUGUAAAUCAAUUUUUCUCAUUUUGUUAAUGUGGAAAUGACCUAGCAUAUUUCAAGCAUUGCUCAAUACUAAAAGAAGGAGAUGCAUUUCGAAAUGCUAUGUUUGUUGUCUGCCAAAUUUACAUCCAACUCAUUUAAAUUGCUAUAGUCCAAUGUUCUUGCCUUAUUCGAACAGUACAAAAGGACAGCAGAAUACAUUCGAUUUAUCAGUCAAUUGUAACAGGAAAGUCAAUUGGCAUCGGAAUUAUUUCAAAACACAAUGCAGUAUUUUGAUCGCAUAGGAUUACUGUCCAAUCUUAGAUUAUCUGCUGACUUUUCUUAAUUUAUUGAAGGUGGAGAUUUAGGUUUAAAUUAACUAAUUUCAGUCGAAAAGAUAAUCAAGGAGAGAGUGAUCAGCAUCUCCAAACAAGUGUUACAAAGUGCUAAAGAGAAUGAUGUGUUCAGUUUAUUAGAUUACAUGAUGGAGAUGUGUCUAACUAGAAGUAAAAUAAUGAAUGGAAAUACGAACAUAGAUUUCUCUUUGAUACAUGAAAAAAAGUAAACAUCGGAUUAAUAAGGCUAACUAAAUUUUAAAUUAAAUGAGUUAUAUAGUUAUUGA